GGUUAAAUAGUUAAAACAACCCCUAUAAAAUGGUUAUAUGAAGAAAUUUGUCAAUUACAAUAGAUCAAAGAACAUGAGUAAAAUAUGGCAACGAUUUCUAGCUCUGGGAUGAGGUCAUGAGUGUUUUACCACACACUCACCUGCCCCGAGUUCGAGUCGUCGGGUUUCACUUUCUGCUGGUGUUUAACAAGGUGAGGUGGAUUUGGGCUUGAGUCAAUGGAACGUCAAAUAUGUGGUGGCCAACAGGCCCACGGUGGAAACCUUAUUAAUUUGCUUCCAUUAACGGUGGGUGUAGACUUAUGAUAAGCCUAAUUAGCCAUCAACCAAUCUACCUUUCACCUCCAUCUACGAAAUGCGAUAAAAUCCAUUCUCAUCUCCACCGCUAUAUCAUCGUCACUAUUUCUUUUUCAAACAUUCGUCAAGAACUCCAAAUUAAAUAUUCAUGGAGUCUGUGGUAUCUGGUCUAGAAGGAUCACUCUUGAAGAACAACGAUCCUUUCUCCUACUUCAUGCUACUAGCUUUCGAAGCCUCCGGUUUAACCCGCUUCACAUUUCUACUACUAAUUUGGCCGGUAAUCCGACUACUAGAUAUUUGUGGGAAGGGCGACACCGGUGUAAAGCUGGCCAUUUUUGUUGCCACCGCCGGCGUUUCCAUGUCGGAGAUUGAAUCUGUGGCGAGAGCAGUUCUGCCCAAGUUUUAUUUUGAUGACCUUGACAAAGAUGCUUGGAGGGUGUUUAGCUCCGGUGAAAGAAGGGUGGUCGUGACCAAGAUGCCGAGGGUUAUGGUGGAGCGGUUUGCCAGGGAGCAUCUCGGAGCAGAUGAUGUUGUUGGGAGUGAACUUGGGGUUAGCCGGUUUGGGUUAGCUACAGGGUUAGUCCAGGAACAAGUUAAUACACAUUACCCGAUGACCAAAAACCAGAAGCAUAUCGCCGAUCAAGAAAUCCAGCCGGUGCCGGUGAUCUUCCAUGAUGGGCGCCUCGUAAAGAGGCCGACUCCCUUCACAGCUCUUUUGAUCCUCCUUUGGAUCCCGUUCGGAAUCAUACUCUCAAUCACUCGUAUAAUUAUCGCCCACAUUUUGCCAAUGUGUAUGGUUCCUUACGUGAUGGCAUUCUUCGGCGGGAGGGUCAUUGUGAGAGGAAUUCCACCAUCGCCGCCUUCCCGCCGGUCAAACUCCGGCGUGCUAUUCGUCUGUACCCACCGAAGCCUAAUGGACCCCCUUGCGUUAUCGGCAGUUCUCCAACGCAAGAUCCCGGCGGUCACCUACUCACUAUCAAGAUUAUCCGAGCUCCUGUCUCCGAUCCAAACCGUCCGUUUGACCCGAAACCGACACGUGGAUGCGGAACGGAUAAAAAAAGGAUUAUCCGAAGGUGAUUUGGUGAUUUGCCCGGAAGGUACAACUUGCAGAGAACCCUUUCUGCUCCGAUUUAGUGCGCUUUUUGCAGAACUAACCGAUCGAAUUGUACCCGUUGCAAUGAAUUAUCGACUCGAGUUUUUCCAUGCAACCACUGCUAGGGGUUGGAAAGGUUUAGACCCUAUUUUUUUCUUGAUGAACCCGACACCCAUGUACGAGGUGAUAUUCUUGAACCAGUUGCCGGCAGAGGCAACAUGUUCGUCGGGAAAGAGCCCUCAAGACGUCGCGAAUUAUGUUCAGAGAAUCUUGGCGGCAAGUUUAGGGUUUGAGUGCACUAAUUUUACGAGGAAGGACAAGUAUAGAGUUCUUGCAGGGAAUGACGGAACAAUGGAGCAGCCUAAGAAAAAUGGUCGGACCGUGAACAAAGUGGUGAUGUAAUUAUUUACAUAUUUCACUCAAAUAAAUAUUUUAUUUAUUAUAAUAUUUUCAUUUUGAUCGGUUUUUCUUAGUUUUUUAGCUGUUAUAUUUUUCUUGGCCAAUUCAAUUGUCUAUGAAAAAUUAUGGGCCUAUAUUAUUAUGUGUAUAUAUAAGAUACGAAAGUGUAAGAC